AUGGGAGCGGUGCGAGUCAACAGAUACAGCAUCGUAGCCACCGAUGAAGACCACUUCAAGAUCUCCACCCUGGGCCUCCACAAUGGCCAUGGAGGAGGAGGCGGCAGCUCGUUAGCCCUGCGAGCAACAGAGCCUGUCCACAACGGCCGCCAGAUCUCCACGACGGGGCCCAACCAUGUCCGGAGCCGCUUCGUGAAGAAGAACGGCCAGUGCAACGUGGUUUUCCACAACAUGGAAGACAAGACGAAACACUACCUGGCCGACAUAUUUACCACCUGCGUGGACAUCCGCUGGCGUUACAUGCUGCUCCUCUUCACCUCUACCUUCCUGCUCUCCUGGUUCCUCUUCGGGGUGGUCUUCUGGGGAGUGGCCCUGGCCCAUGGGGACUUCGACCUUCGACCCGGCCUGGGAGAGGGGCCUCUGGCCGGCUUGGAGGGAGGAGGGGUGGAGUGGAAGCCCUGCAUCCUACACGUCCAAGGCUUCGUAGGGGCGUUUCUCUUCUCCAUAGAGACCCAGACCACCAUUGGGUAUGGGUUCCGCUGCGUCACCGAGGAGUGUCCGGCAGCGGUGGCUACGGUGGUGGUCCAGUCCAUUGUGGGCUGUAUCAUCGACUCCUUCAUGAUCGGAACCAUCAUGGCCAAGAUGGUUCGACCUAAGAAGCGGGCGCAGACCUUGCUGUUCUCGCACCACGCGGUAAUCUCCAUGCGGGACGGGAAGCUGUGCCUGAUGUUUCGCCUGGGGAACAUGAGGAAAAGCCACAUCGUGGAGGCUCACGUCCGGGCGCAGCUCAUCCGGCCGCACGUCACCGCCGAAGGCGAGUACCUCCCCAUGGAGCAGACGGACAUCGACGUGGGCUACGAUGAGGGCCUGGACCGCCUCUUCCUGGUGUCUCCGCUGGUCGUGGUCCACGAGAUCAACGAGAACAGCCCGCUGUACUGCAUGAGCAGCGCCGACCUGACGACGGAGGACUUUGAGAUCGUGGUGAUACUGGAGGGGAUGGUGGAGGCCACGGCCAUGACCACCCAGGCCCGCUCCUCAUACCUGGCCAGGGAGAUCCUGUGGGGCCACCGCUUCGAGCCCGUGGUCUUCGAGAAGGAGCACCGCUACCAGGUAGAUUACUCCCGCUUCCACAAGACCUACGAGGUGCCAGCUACUCCGCACUGCAGCGCCAGGGAGCUCCGGGAGAUGACGGGCCGAUCCCGCUCCCCCUCGUCUGCCUCCGGCUCUAGUUCUACCCGCGCCUUCUGCUACGAGAACGAGGUGGCCCUGUGCUGCGGGGAAGAGGAGGGGGAGGAGGUAGGGGAGAUGGGUGUGAUGCUGGGGGGGAGGGACGACGGGGAGGGGGAAGAGAGGGACGUACAACUAGACAUCUUCCAGGAGAGAUUUCAGGACCAGGUAGCGGUGGACAUGAACAUGCUGUGUGUGCUGGACAUGGACAAUCAGAUUGACAGGCUGCAGCCGGCUAUAGCUCUUGAUGCGCUGGGCUUCAGGAGGGAAUCAGGAGUGUAG